CCAAAUUUCUAGGGCCUGAAGGCGGGCCCAUCUAGUCCGGGGAUACCGUUGGCUUUCCCGAAGCUCUAAUGACCCGGUCCGCUAAACUAGAGCCCGGUGCUGCGGCUCCGUAUUCGAGCUUCCCGCCUCUCGCAGCUGGAGCCGCGCCCGUAUCCAGAGCCGAAGCCGCGGCUGCAGCCAAAAGCUGACGCUCUCCAGCUGUUGUCGCAACUGUCGCAACGGCUGGCACUGACGUCAGUCCCUAUCGGAGGAAGAGAGCUGAUGAAGGAUUGUCGGUCACGGCAACGAAUUUCGGAUUAGUCUGCAGCGGUACACGCCUGGACCUGUCGGCGAUCUAACAGCUUCCCAGAAUGGAGGCGGCCAGUGGCAUGGCGAGCCAGGUCAACACCCCGGAGGAGUCCGCGGAUACGCCCCUCGAGGACAACCUGUCGGCCAUCAUCGGGCGCACGGGCUUUUUCCAUCGCUCCCUCUUCUCGUACGAGAUGGUCGCCAUGAUGUGCCUCACGCUGCACAACAUCGUGCACGGUGAGAGCGCCUCUGACGCGGACCACUGGUGCCGCCUGCCCGACCCGCCCGCGAACAUGACGCUCGAGGAGUGGAGGGACGCGAACAUCCCCAGGGAAGAGAACGGUACUCUGAGCCGUUGCCUCGUGUACUCGGUGCCUGUCGGCGAACGCCCGGCCGAAAAUGCGACGCGCGUAGCCGUUCCAUGCUCAGACAGGGUGUUCAAUGUCUCCGCCAACGUAAAGCUGUCCGUUAUAAAGCAGUGGGAUCUUACCUGCGACCGCAAGUGGAUGGCCUCUGCGUGCGAGACUGUCUACACAGUAGGCUCCAUCAUAGGACUCAUGUUAUCCGGUCUCUCUGCAGACAGGAUCGGCCGGAAGCCAACGAUCUGCUUUUCGGCCGUGGUACUCGAGGUGGUCGGCAUCUCGCUGAGCAGCGUGGGCAGCGUGUUCCUCUUCACGUGCCACCGUUUCUUGGUGGGGGCCGCCAUCCACGCGCUCGUCUACACACAGUACAUCAUGCUGGUCGAGGUGGUGGCGACACAGUGGCGGGCCAUGUACAUGACGUUCGUCAUCUACGGCUACCUUAUUGGCUUCCUCAUCAAAGUCUUCACGCUCGGCGACGAUAUAGACUGGCGGAACCAACAGCUCAUCGUCAUGUUGCCCACGACGGUCCUGCUCUGCGGAUUCUUCUUGCUGCCAGAGUCGCCUCGGUGGUCGCUCACAAACUUGCGCGUGGAGGAGGCCGUGCGUGGGGUCGCCUACAUUCUCCGCUGCAACCGGGCGACGCCCGACGCCAUCAAAGCUGUCAUCAAAAAGCUCAGGCUGGAGCCGCUGCAGACGCUGCACCGUAGGAUGUCGGCCAAUGAGGAGGCCUCGCAGUACCUAAGCCACCGCAGGACACAGGCACAUGAGCUCGUGUCUCCAGAGAAGACGGUGUGGGAGCUUCUGGUGAUUCUAAUCACCCAGUACCAGUUCUCCAGCCUCACUAUCAGUUUUUGCUGGUUCGCCUGCUCCAUCUCGUUCUAUGGCCUCGCCCUCGAUCUCAAAGUGGGGUCCAUCGACAGUUGGUUCCAGUUCGCGCUAGUGGCCGCGUCACCCAUGGCCACCUAUGUCCUGGUCGUGUGGCUGGGUCGGAGAGACGUCCUCGCGGUGUCGCUGUACAUCGUCUGCAUCUCCUGCAUCACCGCCGCAUUCCUGCCCAGAGGUAGCACCAGCAUCCGUUUCGUGACCCUGUCGAGCGCGUGGUUCUUCUCCAACGUUGCCUACACGGUGUUGUUUGUGUACGCCACCGAGAUCUACCCGACCGUCGUGCGAGCUCUGAGCUUCAACUUAGGCGCUGGCCUCGGAAGGAUCGGGACCAUCAUUGCGCCUUACCUCUACCACGGAGCGGGUUCAAAGUUUGGCUCCUACCUGCUUCUUGCGUUCACGUGCGGUCUGAGUGGCUUCUUGGUGGGAAAGUUGCCGGAUACCAAGGAAGUCCAUCUGCCCGAGUUGAUCAAGCCCGAAGAGAACCUUUUCGACUUCUCCCCACUGCGACAGCAUAUUAGCAGGUCGCGUGGAGGCAUGGGCCUGAGCCUUCAUGACACAAGUUCCAACGGCUCGCUGCUCGUGCCAGCACUUCUCAAGGUACCGACCAGCAAGGAAACGGCCCCAAGUGUCUGCCUUACUGAAGUUCACGUACCAGUUCGCCGAGAGCCGACUUCUCCAAUCGCCCGCUCGCCAGGCCGAAAGUACCCGAGUCGGGUCGUGUCAAAAGCGGCACACCUCGACUCGGCCCACCGUCAAAGUUCAGUCGAGCCGGCGCCCAAAAAGCUUGCAAGAGAACCUGCGGGUGUCGGGACCGCUACCGAGGCUCGGCCUUUCGGACCGGAGCUUUCCGUUUCCGAACGGUUCGCUGGAGGCGCCACACAAUCCGCAUCAGCGGGCGCCUCGGCAGCAACCGAAGACGGGAAACCCGCGGGACAACUUGCCGACGCCGCCGAACGGGACCGGCCCAACGCAGGGUCAUCGAAAGGACAGGAAGCGGUGUCUCUUUCGGGGACCAGUGUCGACGCCGCGCAGUCGCCCUCCGAAAUUUCGGGGCAGUGCCCUUCACCGUCAACUACCCUGGUGCACCCUGACGCCACCGCUCGUCCCAACGAGGGUCCUCACCUCGGAGUCCCCGAGGACCAUCCCUCGCCGGUGAGGGACUCCAUUCAGGCCGAGGUCGUUUCUCCUACGCUCCGCAGAGCGUACGCUGAGACGCGGAGCCCCCCGCCAGCCGUGGCCACAGGACCCUCCGGUGGUGUCAUGCGCUGCUCGUCGCCCCCGCCAUCUCCUCGUGCGAGGCUUCACAACUCGCCGCCAACAACGCCGAGGUUGGGCGUCGGCGGCGUGGCGUCGAGUGCUGAAGCCCCGACGGCUCCCGAGCGUCCGGGAGAUCGAGACGAAGCCGGUGCUCGGGCGGUGCAGGCGACGUCGGCACGUACGGUCGCGCCCGAGAAGGCCGGUAAACUGCAGUCGCCGCGGCGUUCGGUGGAAUGUGCAGGGAGUGGUGCGUCGGCAAGGUCAGAGGACGUCGACGAAAGGCUGGCUUCGCCACUCAGAAGAGACGUACAGCACGCUGCCAGCCCGAGGUUGAAGAGGAACAAGCUCUCGAAGCACCACCAGCCACGUGCAGAUCGUGUUAAAGACCAUCGCUAAAAAAAAAUUAAUUGCGCGCUUUUCGCGUUCAUUUUUUGUUGGAGACCACUCCUGUGCAGAAUGCGUGGUUGAGAACUUCCAGCUUGUACGCCUGGUGUGCAACUAGCACUUCGUAUUUGUGACUUGCACCUUCAGGGAACGAGUGCGAGUAUUUCGCCACGUGGUGGAGCAGAAAUUCCUUUUUUGUUGCUUUCUUUGUUGCUUCCAUCGGAAGUAAUGCAUCAACAGGUAAAACGUUUGGCGACCUGCUGAGUGCGUCUGAACUGCAACACGAUGACGCUAGGCAUUCCUCAAGCGUUCUUGAUCCUUACGUUCUGCAGUUCUUGGCCGCUUUGUCGCCAAUUAACGAUUUUAUCAAUCCUG